CACCUGGGCGGCCCCGCCCCCGCCCGUGGCCCCGCCCCGCUCCCUUUAACUCGACGCGUCCCGGUGGGCCCUGACGGAGCUUUGCCUUGCAGACGGCCGCCAUGGAGUGGCCCGGGGACUCGACGGAGGAGAACUACUUCGUGAACUACACGUUCCGGGACCGGUCCCACUCGGGCCGCGUGGCCCAGGGCAUCCUGAAGCUGUGCCUGGAGGAAGAGCUCUUCGCCGACGUGACCAUCUCGGUGGAGGGCCGCGAGUUCCAGCUGCACCGGCUCGUGCUGUCGGCCCAGAGCUGCUUCUUCAGGUCCAUGUUCACGACCAAGCUGCGGGAGGCGCACAACCGCGUGAUCGUGCUGCAGGACGUCAGCGAGUCCGUGUUCCAGCUGCUGGUGGACUACAUUUACCACGGCACGGUGAAGCUGCGCGCCGAGGAGCUGCAGGACAUCUACGAGGUGUCCGACAUGUACCAGCUGACCGCCCUCUUCGAGGAGUGCUCGCGCUUCCUGGCCCGCACCGUGCAGGUGGCCAACUGCCUGCAGGUGAUGUGGCUGGCCGACAGGCACAGCGACCCCGAGCUCUACGCGGCGGCCAAGCACUGCGCCAAGACGCACCUGGCCCAGCUGCGGGACACGGAGGAGUUCCUGCACCUGCCCCAGCACCUCCUCGCCGACAUCAUCAAAGAUGGUGUCCCACGUUCCCAGAACCCAUCGGAGGCGAUAGAAACCUGGGUCAACUUUAACAAAGAAGAGAGAGAGAGUUUCUCAGAAUCACUCAAGUCCAGUUUAAAGGAAAUCGGUGAGAAUGUCCACAUUUACCUGAUUGGGAAGGAAUCAUCUCGAACCCAUUCCUUGGCUGUCUCCCUACGCUGCGCGGGGGAUGACUCUAUCAGUGUAAGUGGCCAGAACAGUUUGUGCCACCAGAUCACAGCAGCCUGCAAGCAUGGUGGUGACCUAUAUGUGGUAGGUGGGUCGAUUCCCCGUCGGAUGUGGAAGUGCAAUAAUGCAACUGUUGACUGGGAGUGGUGUGCUCCCUUGCCCCGUGACCGGCUUCAGCAUACCCUGGUCUCUGUGCCAGGAAAAGAUGCCAUCUACUCUUUAGGUGGCAAGACCCUGCAAGAUACUCUUUCCAACGCUGUGAUCUACUAUCGGGUGGGAGAUAACGUCUGGACAGAGACUAGCCAGCUGGAGGUGGCAGUAUCAGGAGCUGCUGGGGCUAAUCUUAAUGGAAUCAUCUAUCUGCUAGGGGGUGAGGAGAACGACCUGGAUUUCUUCACCAAACCUUCCCGGCUCAUCCAGUGCUUUGACACGGAGACCGAGAAAUGCCACGUGAAGCCCUACCUGCUGCCUUUUGCGGGCCACAUGCAUGCUGCUGUCCACAAGGAUCUGGUCUUCAUCGUAGCAGAGGGGGAUUCCCUAGCGUGUUAUAACCCAUUGCUGGAUAGCUUCACCCGGCUUUGCCUUCCUGAGGCCUGGAGUUCGGCUCCCUCCCUCUGGAAGAUUGCCAGCUGCAACGGCAGCAUUUAUGUAUUCCGGGACCACUACAAAAAGGGCGAUGCCAGCACCUACAAGCUUGACCCUGCCACUUCAGCUCUAACGGUCACCAGUGGUAUCAAGGUGUUGCUCACCAACCUGCAAUUUGUGUUGGCCUAAGGGCCUGGACAAGGAGGAGGCAAAGCUUGGCCCUUCCUCUUCCCAGGACGCUUCCUUCCCUUCUUCAUCCUAGCCCAAAAGGCCUCCUUAACCCACCGUUCCAAGGAAUCCUGCCUCUAAGAAUACUAGGCUACCUUCUGCUGUUCCCCUUAGGCAAAUUCGUCCAGCCUGGUUCCAAGUUGGAAUAGGCUACAGUUCUUGGGGCUUUUUACUCGGAGGCAUCUCGGACCCUUACCUGGAAUUAAGAGUAGGCUAGCCUGUUGUUCACAAUCCCCAGGCACUUUUUUGCUUGGUUUAAACAGAGCCGUUCUCAAAUCUUUGGGGCACAGCGUUCCCUCUAUCUGAUGCUAAAUGCGAGGGCCUAAAGGGGCCUUUUCUUUUCAGGGAACAGAAGCAAUAGAAGGGAUGCUGUUUCCUUGUGAACUAAAGUGUUAGUUUGCAGUUCUCCUUUGGUCUCUGAUCUAUGGUUUUGGCCUUGCUAUUACUUGGCUGCUCUUUAGGGACUACAAUGACGAAGUGGAAUUCUCUGAUGUCUUCGCAUUGGUCAAAGUAAAUGGCAUUUAUUUCUAGGUUACCCCGUGGCUAUCUUUGGGGCACGAGAUUUUAUUUCUGAUCCAUAGCAGAAACUUUUUGCAUUGUGGAAAUAGGCCCUCUUCUUGUAGAGGCUGUGAACCCAGGCAAAUGCCAGGACUGUUCUUGUAAUAAAAGUCUUUGGUGGGAUA